CAGCACAACACUGUCAAAUGUAAGGUAAAAGCAAAAGCAUUUGUCACAGCAUUCUGUAGCUUUAAUUUGGCUCGUAAUUUGUAAAAAAUGGAGGUCGACAAGGCAGAGACUGAGGCGGAGCCGGCAUCGGCAUCGUCCAACGAGGAGAGCGACGACGACGCGGACGCCGAUGCGGAUGUGGAGGAGAGUCCGCGCGGACGCAAAAGUGUCAGCUCGAUAAUCGCCGAAAUGGCCAUCAAGAACGAGCAGGAAGCGGCCAGCAGCAGUGCCCGCACCCAAAAGGAGGACGAACUAAAGCGAAUGGAGCUGUCCAAUCUGUCGCCGGCGGCCAUGGCCGCCUACAUACGUGAACUGGAAGCGGAGCUCUACGAGCUGAGCCAGCGCGAGGCCCGAGAGUUGUCGCGCAGCAAGCACCUGCGCAUCUUUGGCAACACACGCAGACGAUCCAGCAAGUAGGCGUGGCAGAGGCGGGGGGCGAUUUAGGGGUAAAAAGUAUAUCAAAUAAAUGGCCAUCAACGGAAGGCGAACAUAACGCCAGUUAGCUGUAAGUAGCUGGCCAUGUGGCACAUGACAAAA